CCACAGAUCAAAUAAAAUUUCUCACUAUAAAAGCACCUAUACAUGCUCUUAAUGUUAGACCUCAUGUAUUUUUAUCUUGAGUAGUCAUCCUUACUACCUGAAUUAUGUUACUGAAUUUUAAUUGUAACCAGCCUAGUUUGAUUGUGAUGACUCUUUCAUAAAAUGGGAUCUUACAUACCUAAUAUUUGUAUGGACAGCUUUGAUUGACAUCAAGAGUUAGUGUCUCAGCAUGGAGACACUAAUUCAGCCUAUGAGUAAAUACAUGAAGCUUUGUAGGAGUUGCAUGGCCGUUGUAUGCAGCUAUCAGUUGUCACUGGCACUGUGAUAAUGCUCUUUUGUCAUGAGGAUUAAAAUUAUUAAUUUGGGAAGGGAGCCGUAUGAAAUAAUUAUUUUGCUAUCAGAUAAAGAAUAAAUGGGCUUAGUAGACAAGGUUUAAUUAGCCUGAUAAUUUAGUCUGGUGCUGACCUGCUUUUAAAUUGUAAAUGUUUAUAUUCUUUCAGUUAUUUUUGUUUAGUUAAUAAACUAAAUAUAGCUGGAAACUUCUGUACCGGUUUCCUUUUUGCUGGGAACAGACAUAAAGCAAGAGCCACCCCAGCUUACAUCCAAGCAAGUCCUGUGAUGAGCCUCUGGAGGAAGCACCUCACUUCUCUGUCCAGGUGCCAGUUGGUCUGUGCAACCCAGGCUGCAGGAGCUGCAGAAAUACGUGGUUCUUUUCUCCUCUCCUCUCAUCUCAUGCUCAUCUAAGAACCCUUGAGAUCAACACUGAGAAAGAAAAAUAGUGAAGGAUUCCACAUGUGAGCAGGUCUGAGCCAAGGAACAGAAGGAAUGUCAGAGCAUCAGCUGUGCGGCAGCAAUGAGAGAGACUGAUAUUCGUACGAGUCUCUUCUGGCUUCUCUACAAUGGCUGGUGCCUCUGCAUAUUCAUUGAAUGGUAAUGCAGGAUGUCAAGAGCAGCGGUGGAGUUUGGCUUGAUCCCAUUGUGUUUUUCUUCUGCCAGUUGAGACUUUGAAUCACCAUGACAACGCUGUGACACUUCCAGCAAAGGUUACCCACAGACCGGGGGUGGGCUGGGGGUGGGUGAGAAGGUCAAUGAUCAAGUCUAACGGGAUCAAAAGUUGCGCCUGCAGCAAAACAACUGUAGAAAAGCUGCCAGCAUGACAAGAAGAUGGAAUUCCCCUUGUAUUGGCUUCUCAUUAAGCAGGCACAAUAACAUCUUUUUCUGAGAGACCCGCUAUAAAAACUGUUUUGGUUAUGGCUACUGAUCCAACGUGAUUGGGUGCGCAGCGACUUUUGAACUCAUGACUGGAUAUACGAUGUUGCGGAAUGGGGGAGUGGGGAACGGAGGCCAGCCAUGGGUGUUGAGAUGGUCCAGUAGGAUCCGGCUCACGUGGCUUAGUUUCACCCUCUUCGUUAUCCUCGUCUUCUUUCCCCUCAUUGCCCACUACUACCUAACCACCAUCGAUGAUGCGGACGAUGCUGGCAAGCGCAUCUUUGGCCCUCGGACUGGCAACGAGCUGUGUGAGGUAAAGCAUGUGCAAGACCUGUGCCGCAUCCGCGAGUCGGUCAGCGAGGAGCUGCUCCAGCUGGAGGCCAAGCGGCAGGAGCUCAACAGCGAGAUCGCUAAACUCAACUUGAAGAUCGAGGCCUGCAAAAAGAGCAUUGAAAAUGCCAAGCAGGACCUGCUGCAGUUGAAGAACGUUAUCAGCCAGACUGAGCAUUCCUACAAAGAGCUGAUGGCUCAGAACCAGCCCAAGCUCUCGUUGCCCAUCCGGCUGCUGCCAGACAAAGACGAUGUGACCUUCCCCCUGCCAAAAUCCAACCGGAACUGCAGGCUGCACAACUGCUUUGACUACUCACGCUGCCCGUUGACAUCGGGCUUUCCAGUCUAUGUCUACAACAGUGACGAUUACCCUUUUGGUAGUUCCUUAGACCCUUUAAUUAAACAAGCCUUUGAGGCAACUGUCAGAACUAAUGUUUAUGUUACUGAAAAUGCAAAUAUUGCUUGUGUGUAUAUAAUUUUAGUGGGGGAAAUGCAAGAGCCCGUAAUGCCAAAACCUACUGAACUAGAGCAACAGUUGCACUCUUUGCCAUAUUGGAGGACUGAUGGACAUAACCAUCUCAUCAUCAGUUUAUCAAGGAAAUCGGAAACUCAGAACUUCAUUUACAACAUCAGCACAGGGCGCGCCAUGAUUGCCCAGUCCACCUUUUACGAUGUCCAGUAUCGACCAGGGUUUGAUAUUGUGGUAUCACCUCUGGUCCACGCUAUGUCUGAACCCAAUUUCCUAGAAAUCCCACCCCAGGUGCCGGUCAAGCGUAAAUACUUGUUUAGUUUCCAGGGCGAGAAGAUUGAGUCUCUCAGAUCUAGCUUGCAAGAGGUUCGCUCUUUCGAAGAGGAAAUAGAAGGCAAUGCCCCAGCUGACUACGACGAUCGGAUCAUUACUACCCUGAAGGCUGUUCAGGACAGCAAGUUGGACUUUGUUUUGGUGGAGUUCACGUGUAAGAACCAGCCUAAGGCGAGUCUGCCCACUGAGUGGGCUCUGUGUGGAGAAAGGGAUGACAGACUAGAGCUACUGAAGCUAUCUACUUUUGCACUGAUAAUCACCCCGGGGGACACCCAUUUAGUGAUCUCCGCCGGGUGUGCCAUGAGACUGUUUGAGGCUCUGGAAGUUGGAGCCAUCCCAGUGGUUCUCGGAGAGCAAGUUCAGCUACCCUAUAAUGAUGUGAUCCGGUGGAACGAGGCAGCCUUAAUUAUACCAAAGCCACGUAUCACAGAAGUGCACUUUCUUCUGAGAAGCAUUUCUGACAAUGAUCUCCUUGCCAUGAGGAGGCAGGGCCGCUUCUUGUGGGAGACCUACUUCUCCACCUCUGACAAUGUGUUCAGCACGGUCUUAGCUAUCAUAAGGACUCGAAUCCAAAUACCAGCUGCUCCUAUCCGAGAAGAAACCGCUGUGGAGAUUCCUCACCGGUCUGGCAAAGCUGCUGGUACAGACCCCAAUAUGGCAGACAAUGGUGACCUGGACUUGGGGCCUGUGGAAACAGAACCACCAUAUGCAUCUCCUAAAUAUCUCCGCAAUUUCACCCUCACUGCAAUGGACAUCUACAGGAAUUGGAAUUCUGCUCCAGGGCCUUUCCACCUUUUCCCCUAUACUCCCUUUGACCCUGUUUUACCAUCAGAAGCAAAAUUUUUGGGGUCUGGGACUGGAUUUCGACCAAUUGGUGGAGGAGCAGGUGGCUCUGGGAAGGAGUUCCAGGCUGCCUUGGGUGGCAACGUCCCCCGGGAGCAAUUCACAGUAGUGAUGUUGACUUACGAGCGGGAGGAAGUGUUGAUGAACUCCCUAGAAAGGCUCAAUGGUCUCCCGUACUUAAAUAAAGUUGUGGUAGUGUGGAACUCUCCCAAGCUUCCCUCUGAGGAUCUCUUGUGGCCAGACAUUGGUGUCCCAAUCAUGGUUGUCCGAACAGAGAAGAACAGCCUGAACAACAGGUUCCUGCCGUGGGAUGAGAUCGAGACGGAGGCCAUCCUGUCCAUUGAUGAUGAUGCUCACCUUCGCCAUGACGAGAUCAUGUUUGGGUUCCGUGUCUGGAGAGAGGCAAGGGACCGCAUCGUUGGCUUCCCGGGGCGCUACCACGCGUGGGACAUCCCCCAUCAGUCCUGGCUCUACAACUCCAACUACUCUUGUGAGCUGUCUAUGGUGCUUACUGGUGCUGCCUUCUUCCAUAAGUACUACGCCUACUUGUACUCAUACGUAAUGCCUCAGGCCAUCCGUGACAUGGUGGACGAAUACAUCAACUGUGAGGACAUCGCUAUGAACUUCUUGGUCUCUCACCUGACAAGAAAACCUCCCAUAAAGGUGACCUCCCGCUGGACUUUCCGCUGCCCCGGAUGCCCUCAGGCGCUUUCACACGACGACUCUCACUUCCACGAGCGACACAAGUGCAUCAACUUCUUUGUCAAGGUGUACGGGUACAUGCCCCUGCUGUACACCCAGUUCCGCGUGGACUCGGUCCUCUUCAAGACCCGCCUGCCCCACGACAAGACAAAAUGCUUCAAGUUCAUCUAGCAGCAGGAGGCAGCCGGGCGCUCCCGGCUCUCCGAGCUCCAGCCGAGGCGGCUGAGGGCACAGAGGGGCUUUGCUGCGAGGGCAGAACACCUUUUGCUAUUGGCUCCGGCCUCCCUCUCGCGGAGCAAAAGGGACGUCCUGGAUUUGGAUGGGCACGUUUCCCCCUCCUUCCCGCUCUGCCCAUGGUGACUUGACCGAGCAACAGGGAACAGGAUCUCACGGCUUCUGUAAAGACACUCCCUAGGAUCGUACACUGAGGAAUGGCCCGUUGGCUGGUGGCUCUGCCCCUUCGCUAGCCAAGGCAACCAUUCUUUUUAAUUAUAAUUAUUGUUAUUUAAAAUGAAAGUGGUUUAGAUUU